AUGCCAAUGUUUGCGAACAAUACGUCUCCUGAUACUUCCUAUACAUCAUAUAUACACCUUCAUCAGAUCCAAUAUAGAUUUAUCAUUGUCUAUCCUGGUCGUUGUCUCUUGCGCGUCAGUCGUCGUCCGAGUCCCUCGACAUUUAUUGACAAAACAUCAACACAAAUCUCAAUACCGAUAUUAAUCAACAUGAUAGAGCUAUACCGUCUCACAGCAAGCGAAGCUUUGCCGCUCCUUAAAUCCGGUGAACUUACAGUUGAAGCCUACGCAAGAUCUCUCCUCACAAGAAUUAAGCACCGUGACCACGUGGUCAAGGCGUGGGCUUUCCUUGAUCCGGACUUCGUCCUUGAGCAAGCCAAAAGGCUUGACCGACUCCCAGCCGAUGAAAGAGGCCCUCUGCAUGGUGUGCCUGUCGGUGUCAAAGAUGUAAUCUUCACGAAAGAUAUGCCAACAGCCUUCAACUCUGCGAUUUACAGGGAUAGAUCACAGCAAAACGUUGACGCAUCCUGUAUUAUCACGCUCCGUGCUUGUGGAGCACUCAUUUUCGGCAAAACUACUACGACUGAAUUUGCUGCAACGACUGUUGGAGGACCAUCAACUAAUCCCCAUGACGAAAAUCGAACACCGGGUGGCUCCUCCUCAGGAUCAGGAGCUGCUGUUGGUGACUUCCAGGUUCCAAUUGCUCUUGGUACACAAACUGGCGGUAGUACGAUCCGCCCAGGUUCCUACAACGGCAUAUACGGCUUCAAACCAACGUGGAACGCUAUCUCCCGCGAGGGACUCGCAGUCUACUCACAGACUCUCGACACUCUCGGUCUCUAUGCACGCUCAAUCGCAGACCUUGAUCUCCUCUCCAGCAUCUUCCGCCUCUCAGAUGACACACCAAUCCCAUCAUCACCAUUCAGGCUGCAAGGCUCGAAGAUCGCGUUCGCCAAAACGCACGUCUGGCAUAAAGCCGGACUUGGACUAAAAGCUGCGUUUGAGAGGGCGAAAGUCCUGCUAGGUAAUGAAGGAGCGCUGGUGGAGGAGUUGGAGCUCCCGGAGGAGUUUAGCAAUACUACAGAGUGGCAUGAUAGAGUCUGUAAAGGCGAGGGUAGGAGCAGCUUCCUGGGUAAUUACCUCCUUGCCAGAGACAAGCUCGAUUCUCUCAUCCAAAACCAAGUCGAAAAUUCCUCCAACCUAACACGUAAAGCGCAACUCGAAGCCUACGAUGGGUGCGCAAAGCUGCGCCCAGUAUGGGACGAUAUCGCAUCUCAAUACGAUGCAGUCUUAACGCCGAGUGUGCCCGAUGAGGCCCCUUUGGAUAUCAAUUCUACCGGUGAUGCUUCUUUCUGCUCCAUGUGGACGAUUCUCCACGUACCUGCCCUCAACAUUCCAGGGUUCGCAGGCCGAAAUGGCCUCCCUAUCGGCUUGACGUUGGUUGGUGCGAGGUAUCACGACUUGCAUGUGUUGUAUGUGGCGAAGGCCAUUGGUGAGGCCUUUGAGAGGGGGGGAGGGUUCGUCUCGAAGAUUGUUUAAAUCUGCAUGGAAUUAAUGGGGUUUUGAAGAUAUGAAUAGAGAUAUGAUGGAAUGCCAUCCGCUCUCUAUUCCCACUUCCUCUUGUUUUGCGGAAUGCAAAUUCAAAGCAAACAUUGUAGAUUGCGGCAUCAGCCCGGAUAAAGCAGCGCUACAGGCUCGGUAUUUAGGUCAUGCAAGCGAGGUAAACAAACAGCUCAGCUCAGUUGUAUAGUAUCGCGGUCCACGUUUCCGCGAUUUAAACUGCACACAAGGUCAUCCUCAUUGUCCUCAAUAUUAUCUUGCCAGACCCUUGUAGUCUUCCCAAGCAACGAACUGCCUGGAGACCGUAGCAAGAUAUGGGUAUUUGGCGCAUUGAAAGGUGGGUAUUCGAAGCAAGCUCACAAUUGGCUGAAGAUCUCGAUUGGCAGUCUGCUCUGCAAGAUAUAGCAAAUCUGGUCUCGAUGAAACCUGGGCUGCCUUUUCAGGUUUGAGAAUAAGGAUCAAAGUUGGCGAUAAGGAAACGCGAGGCUCUACAAGCUAUGCGAUUGCACUCCGUGGACGGGCACAGGACUUGCAAAGUAAUUUCCAAAUUCGCUCAAAUGUCUGAGAGGGAAGGGUCCUCCUUCCGAGGACACGUUUGGCAUCUGCGUCGAUGCGAAGGUUGGUGUCCCAAAAGGCUUUUGUUGCUGAGCAGAAUGAAUGGCAGAGUCACCAUGAAUGAUUUGUGCUCAGGGAAGAGAGUUAUUUUCUGAGCCUGGUUGUAAUACAGUGUGUGUAUUCUCGACAUAAUUUGAAAGAUCU